AUGGCUUACAUGAGGCAGUACAAUAUCUGUAACAUGCCCAAUCUUGUAGCCCAUGCACUUCCCAUGAAAGUGCGUGCGGGAUCCCAGACGAGCGUGUUCUCAUACGAAGAGCAGCCAAUCUCCGUGAAGUCCUGUAUCGUAGACAUUGCCCACAGCUACACCAAGCGCAAGAACGUGUUCCGACUGAAGACGUACAACGGGUCGGAGUACCUGCUCCAGGCCGAUGACCAGAUGGACAUGCUAGUCUGGAUACGACACAUCAGCGCCAACAAUAAUCCAGACCUUGACGCCAACGGUGUUACAAACGCCGAGCUGAUUAUCCGCAAGAGCCAGGAGCUUACCGAGUCUGGACCAACCCUGGGGAGCAACACGUCCCCAACCCCCGCCCAUAAGAUCACAAAGAAACUCUCUGUUAUCAAACAGAAGAUGCCGCAGUCACCCAGCAUCAAGAGACGUAAGACAGUGUCCGGGGAUAAACUUGAGGACACCGGGAAGCCGAAGACGUGGAAGGGUAAGCUAGGGAAGAGCAUUAAGAAGCACAUGGGCUCGAGUUCGUCAACUGGGCAAAUUGCAGUCGUACCUGAGACCGGAGGGAUGUUUGGGGUGCCAUUGGAGGACUGUCUGCCCUCACCCAACAAUGAGUUUGUGCCCCUCAUAGUGGACCUAUGUAUCCAGAUAGCUGAGGCACGUGGACUGGAGAUGACUGGUGUCUACCGUAUCCCUGGUAACAAGGCAGCCGUAACCAUACUACAAGAAGAAUUCAACAAGGGUAUCGACUGUAUGAACCUGGAGCAUGAGAAGUGGUGUGACGUGAACGUGAUCAGUUCUCUAUUGAAGUCUUUCUUCCGCCAGCUUCCUGAGCCACUAAUUCCUGAUGACCUGUACCAGCCAUUCAUCGAUGCAAGCCGUAAUAAGGACCCGGAGAAGCGCAUGUUGAAGCUGAAGGCACUCAUACACAAACUGCCGGAGCACCAUCUAGAGACGUUCAAACACCUUGCGCGACACCUGAACCGCGUAGCCCAGUACGCUGACGUCAACAGGAUGCAGGCCAAGAACCUUGCUAUCGUGUUUGGGCCGACAUUGAUCCGCAAGGCCGACGACAACAUGGUAGCCAUGGUGACAGACAUGUCGGACCACUGCAAGAUCAUAGAAAGCAUCAUUCUCCAUUGUGAGUGGAUCUUCGGCUCCUGGGACAUGGACAGCAGCGUCCCCACAGAUGACGAGGCUGCAGAGUGCAUGUCCUUGGUGUCAGCGCCCUCCAGCAGUAACAUGAGAGAGGAGGCCGAGUUAAACCCACGUGAGAUUGUUUCAAGUAUCGUCUCUGCAGCCAAUAGAAAACUUCGGGGUGAAAGCCCAGCUCGCGUCUUGCCGCCGGACAAACGAAGCGUGUCCGUGUCAGACCCACCCCUUGGCUACAACGAGCGAAACAUAGACAAUGAGAUUCUCAUUAGGACGCAAAAGAUCGACACAACAUCCCGCAGCAGCCCGAAUCUAGCAGCCAUGCAGCAUAGCACGGACCUGCUGAAACCAUUACCGGAUCUACCAGACAGACGCAUGGCAAAGUCCCAAGACUUUGUAGACCGCGAAUUUUCUGACUUCGAUUUCAUCGAUUCCGAGAAGGAAAAUUCGGUGGCUUUUCUUACGCCGAUGACGCAGUAUUUUUCGGACGAGUCUCUACUGGACCGGAAUGACGAGUUGGAGCUCUCCCACGGCAGCACAUCACUCCACGGGAGUUUUAACCGACUCUGACGUGAGACGAUCGACAGUCUGAGGCGCAUUGAGCUGGAGGCGCGUGCCAUUCGGGAACGGGAAGAACGGGAAGAGCGCCGACAGCGGGAGGAAAAGAAGCGUCAACUUGAGCGGCAAAGAAUUGAGGCAGAUAUCCUGCAGACGCAGCG